AGUUCUUAACGAUAGUGAUAUAUUUGUUAACAUCUGAAAAAUAGAACUAAAACAAUAAAUUACUCUACGUCCAAAUAUCUCUUUUUUAUACUCUAUGAAUACAAGUUUCAUUAAGUUACUCCAAUGUCACUGUCAUUUCUAAUGGUUUUAAAGUACCUACCUUGUAAGUACAGAAGUUUAAAUAUUUAAGGGAGCGAAGUAAUAUUUUUAUUAAAUUAGCAUCAAACUAUAAAUGAAAUUUAAGUAUUUACAAACAUUAGUAUAUUUGGAAUAAGAUAUAAGUUAAGUAAAUGGAAAAGGAAUAUUAUAUUACUUAUAUCUUUAAAAAUGUCUAAGUUCAAGGAAUCACAUUAGCAUUUAUGGAGUAGUUAAUUACAUCUGCCAUUAUUAUAAAAUUAUUACAUUUUGUCACCAUGGAAGGGGCUUAUGAUGAAAUUAUCUCAGACAAUCCAUUUUUCAUUCAAUUGAAAAAUGAAUAUUCCACAUUAUUUCAACAUUGCAUAUCGGAAUCAUGGAUUAUAUGUGUGCCUCGAAUCGGAAGCUUAAAUUCUCGUGUAUUUUCAAUUGAAGACUUUGGUGCUCACAUUUUAAUACCGAGUGAUGAAUUACCGGAAACUCAUUAUAGCACUCUAACAGAAAAACAAGUGACAGUUGCAAACAAAGUUAUUACGUUAGAAGUAACAAAAAGUUUACCGCUCCAAAGCCAUAUUCUAUUUGAGGAAACUUUUUAUACGGAGGACUUUAUUAAAUAUAGAGUAUGGUGUAUAGAAACUCCUCUAGAACCAAAUGUUAAUGUGAGUGAUAAUUCAAUGACUAAAGAAUGUCUCGCGACCAUAAAUGACUGUAUCGAUUUACUUUGGACGCAGGCUGCUGGCCGUCAAGUUUUGGACCAAAUAGAAAUUAAUGUUCAAUUAUUUAUAAAGAAGCAGUCAAAUCUUCCUACUGCUGUAGCCCCAUUGAGGGAUGCAGUAAGCGAGCUAUACACACAAUGUUUACAAAGCUCAUUACAAAACCGCAGAAUAAGGGAGAAAUGCAAACUAUCCAAACAUCUACUUGAAAACAUUAAAUUGGCUGUUGAAUGUUAUAUGCAACAUUUAUUAUUUGACUCAAUAUUCAAAACAAUAUGUACCAUAUGUGCCUACGAAGAUUCACAUCUGAAUAAAAAAAUAAGAAAUCUGAGUGACAUACAACUCAGAGAUCUCGAGAUAAAAAAUGACUUGUAUCAUGCGGUUCCGAAAGCAAAACAGAUUUUAUCUAAGAUUGACACAUAUAAUACUGUGUUAGAAAAAGUUAUGUGUUUAAAACAAGCAUUAAAUGAGCUUAAUAAAAUUGACAGUAACAAUAUUGUCAUCCUUCUAGCCGCGGACGAUAUUUUACCUGUAUUCGUGUUCUUGUUAAUCAAGGCCGGAUUACCAAACUGGUACAGCCAACUAACAUAUAUGAAGGAAUUUCGUUUCAGUGGUAUCGGGAAAGGGAACGGCGAUGAGAGUGCAUUCUUAAUAACUACAUUAGAAGCAGUGAUUGAACACAUACAAUCAGAUGCUUUAGCCGGCCCACCGAACCCAGAAGCAUAUUACUAUGAAAGUAAUCUCACCGAGGAAAAUAUAAGCAAUGGUUAUCAAAGGAAAGGUAGUUUAACAGAAUCAACUACUACAACAACAACAUGUGACACAAGUGGGAGAGAAGAAACGCUCGAUCAUAUUUUUGAUCUCAUAAAAGCUAACAACACUGAACAAGUACAGGUAUUGCUUGAAAGGAAUCAAAAGCAUUUAGCAAGUAUACAGCAAACUCAAGAUAAUGCUUUGAACAUAGCCUUACAAGAAAGUAAAGAUGAUGAUGAUGACACCGACAGUGAAACAGAACUGUAUCAAAAGUUAUGCCAUCCUUUGUGUACCUGCAAGAAGUGUUGUUCGAAAAUAUCAAAGAAUCUUUUGAAAACUUCACCAACAGUAUAUUCUAGGGAUGGACAUGGUUUGACUCCGCUUCAUGUUGCAGCUAUACAUGGAAAAGCAACUAUAGUUGAAAUUCUUAUAGACAUGGGAGCCGAGAUAAAUGCAACUGAUCUCAAUGAAUGCACGCCUUUACACUAUGCCGCUUCUAGAGGCCAUCAAAACGCUUUACUUCUACUGCUGCAUUCAGGAUCGAAUAUAAAUAAAACUAGUGUUGAUAAAAACACACCAUUGCACAUGGCAGUCAACAACGGACAUUUGAAUUGUGUAAAGGCUCUUAUUUACUUUGCGGAACAUGGUAGGAAGAAACUGAACGUUAAUCCCAAAAAUGAAUUAGGCAACACUCCUCUCCACCUUGCCUCUAAAUGGGGAUACGAAGGUAUAGCGAAAUUAUUGAUAGAAAAUGGCGCUGAGCCAUCGAUCCAGAAUGACCAUAACAAAACUGCUUUCGAUUAUGCCCAUAAUUUGAAAAUACUCCAAGUUCUGAAGUCUUGUACGCCUAAUUUAUACGAAUACAUACAUAUAUCGAACUCUGACAUCAAAACACUGAACUGCAAGCCUGAAAAUCCUGUAACAUUGAAGCUACAAAAUCUCAAGAUAAAGAACUAUGAAACGAGUAAUGCCUCCAAAAUGGUGGAGAAUCUCAAGAGAAUCGAGAGGAUCUUGCAAGCUAUAUCAUAUGGGGAUGUCAAACUUGCCUGUUUCUAUAUGAACAUUAAUUACGAUAAUUAUGUUAAUAUGAAAAAUUUUACCGCCAAAGUGAACUGUCAUCCUCUUUGCGAGUGUUACAAUUGUAAAAAGAAACAUUACACUAUUACCGAUUAUGACGUAAAUUUUGCCGAUUCAAAUGGUUUCACUGCAUUACAUUACGCUGCUAUGUACGGUUUGGAUGAGUUGUGCAAUAUUCUUGUUUUGAACAAGGCUGAUAUUAAUUUUUGCAAUAAAAAGGGGCAAACACCCUUACAUAUGGCAACUAUACAUAAUAAAACUACUGUGAUAAAAUUUCUAUUGGACCAGGAAGCAAAUAUAAAUGCUAUAGACCUAUUUGGCAACACCGCUCUACAUGAUGCAAGCGAGAUGGGAAAUAUAGGUGCAACAAAGGCCCUACUAAAUUACAACCCGGACAUAACAAUGUCGAAUACAUCUGAUAAAACAGCAAUAGACGUCGCUAAGGACAAACUUCACUUGACGGUUAUAGAUUUAAUAGAAAAACAUUCAAAUAAGUAAAAAAUUUUAUUUCAUGUCAACAGUUCAUAUAUUACAGAAUUAAUUUGUUUUUGAUGUCUAUUACAUUAGUUUAUAUUAAUAGUACAACUAUCAUUAUAAGUGUUUUUUUUUUUUUCACAGAAAACAUUUGUGCUUAAUUUCUUUACUGUAUGUAUGUUGUGCAAUUUGUAAAACAAUCUCGAAACGAGAUCCUAAAUUAAUAUGACAUAAUAUAAAGCAUUUAAAAAAUGUAGAAGCGACAAUAUUAUAUUAUUAUUUUUUUUUAUAAAUUUUGUACAAAUAUAAUAAUUUUAUACGUCAUUUAGUUUGUGAUAUUGUUAUUAUUAUUUUUUUAUUAUAAUACAGUUUUUUUUUGUCUUUGUUUCUGUACAAAUAUUUAAGUGCCAUAUUAUAAGUUUAUUGUCAAUACCAUAGAAAUGAGACUGAAAUUAUUAGUUUUAUAAAUUAGAUCUUCACCGAUUAUUAAAAAAAAAAAAAUUCUUAAAUUCCUUACAAUUUGUCAUUGCUUAAUUUUUCUAUACAAUUAAAAUAUAUAUAUAUAAAAAUUAAUUUCCUACAUAUAAAUAGUAUAAUGUACUCGAAAAUAUAACUUAGAAUUAGUUAGUUUUUUAUCACAAUACAUCUUAAACUAAAAUGAAAAACAAAACAUCUAAUUUUCAACAUAGCCAUAUACAAUUGUGAUGAGCAACAAUAGUACUGUGUAAUAUAUUACAAUAAUAAAUCAUUUAAAACAAAAACAUGUAUUAAUUUUCCCAUAAAAAAUCAAUUUAUAUAUAAAUAAGUACGGUUAUAAAUUAAAACAGCUUUAAUAUUUACAAUAGAGAAGCGUAAUAGCACAAAAGUGUAAACAAUGUUAGUGCCGCACUGGUCUCGUUUAUCUAAAUUAGUAAUAAAUUAGAUGUAUACGAUACAAACAGGAAUGUUGAGCUAUUUACACGUUUAUGACAGUUGGUCCCAUUAUACUUAACAAAUAUAUUCUAAAUCUCAU